GGGGGGGGGGGGGUGGUGGGUUAUGUAUCAGUGCUUCGGAUUGGCGGUAGAAUGGUAGAGGUCUUUCGUCUCUUCUACUUUCAGGUAUGUCCAGAGAGCACCAAUCCGAACCGGCCAACUCUUGGUGAACAAGUUGGUGGUGAAACGAAGGUAACCAACAGAGUGCUGCUGUGCAGAUGGACGUUGAAGAAGGUGACGUGCCGUUAUAAGAAAAAAAAAAGUUGGAGCCCAUCCGGUCUUCUGUCCGUCGCCGUCACUGUCACCCUAUGUUACCUCAAGUUAGGAGAUCAAUGUCCAAAACCUGGGUCGCGCGUACGUUCUAAAGCCGAGGGACGCGGACAGCAGCCGAAAUUGGAAUAAUGAUACUUUUGAUGGAGAUCUUUCCUGGGUGCAGGCCGCAAGUGG